AAGUGAAAGUUGCUCACUGCCGACUGCUUGAAUCAAAACAGUGAAGAAUGGCUUUUCCGAGCUCUGAAUGUUCGUUGAAGGAACUCUUACUUCGUUGUAGCUUGAACGGGUCAUGAACAAGAUGUCAUUUCUGCCGGUGGAAACAAGUACCUCAAAGAAGUUACAGAAGAAGAGACAUCAUCAAAUGAUUGAUACUAGAUCGCUAUUGGUACUUAAGCGCCUAAGAGUUGAUAGAAUCAACAAUUUUCAAGAAAAUUAUCGUCCAUCUAUUCGUCAAAACAAUGUUCAACAACAUGAUGUCUUGAUUAAUCAUAAGUUGAAUGUUCCCAAAAUUCCAUCAGCUUAUACAAGAUGUGAAUGGUUUUUAAAUGGUGGGCGUAGUAUAAAUAGAUCUAAGUUGCCCACUAUUUCUGAAUAUGAGCAUAUUCAGAAACGAAAACAAGUUAGAGAGACGCUCAAACUUUUUGAUGAUGAAUAUACUAAGCUUUUUCUAGAAAAGAAAUCAGAAAAACAAGGAAAACACUCUAAAAGAAUAAUCAAUAUAAAGGCUGCAAUGAUUUUGAGAAAUCAGGAAAAGUGGGUGAAUUCUGAGUGGGCCUUUGGCCAUGUUCCUGGAGUUGAAAUUGGUGAUCGAUUCCGGUUCAAGGUAGAACUUGCUAUGGUUGGACUGCAUCAUAAAAUUUUUAGGGGUAUCAAUUAUGUGAAUAUUGAUAGAAAAAAGGUUGCAACUAGCAUUGUUGAUUCUGGUCGAUACGAGAAUGAGACCAUAUCUUCUGAAAAGUUCAUUUAUGUAGGUCAAGGAGGGAAUCCUAGAGUAUCUGUUAAUACGAGAGUGGAAGAUCAGAAGCUUGAAAGGGAUAAUCUUGCCUUGAAGAACUCAAUGGAUUUGGGAUAUUCAGUGAGAGUUAUUUAUGGUCGUCUAAGAGUUAAUAGUGAAAAGACUGAGCGAAAAUACAUUUACUAUGGGUUGUACACUGUGACUAAGUGUUGGCAAGAAAGAGGUCCAACUGGAAAAUACGUUUUCAAGUUUGAACUACAGAGAAAUCCUGGCCAACCAAAACUUACUUAGUUAGUCAAUGUCAAUCAUAUUUGUGAAAUAUUUACAAACUAACAGAAUCUACUAUGCAUACAAAGUUUGUGAGGGACUAUGAUGUCGCACAAGGGAAUGAGAAUAUACCAAUCCUCUCUAUUAAUGAAGUAGACGAUGAGAGAUCCCCACCUUUCACGUACAUAACGAAUAUGCAAUAUCCUGAUUGGUAUUAUAUCAUUAGGCCCAAGGUUGCAGUUGCACAAGUAGAUGCUCGGCUUUUGAGCAGUGCUUUUAUGCUUCUAAGAACGGAGACGAGUUUCAGUUCAACCCAAGAAGCUCUAUUCUUAAAGCAGAUCCUCUUGAUCCUUUUGUUCAUGAGUGUGGUCCAUAUUGCAAAUGUCCCCAAUCUUGCAAAAAUAGGGUUAGCCAACAUAGUCUUCAGUACCAUUUUAUGGUUUUCAAAACUAAAUCGAAAGGAUGAGGUUUGAGGUUAUCAGAUUAUAUUGCACCCGGAAGUUCUAUUUGUGAAUAUAUCGAAAAAUUGCUUGAUAAUAACGAAGCCAAAAUUAGAAUGAAUUAUGAUGAAUACUUCUUUGAUAAUUAAAACUUUAAUGAAUAUAUCUCCAAAAGGAAGGUUCUAAGCAGUAAAGUUGAGUCAAAUUCUUUGAAUGUAGCUGAACCAAUAGGAAUUUGACAACCUACGAACUCAUUCACAUUUUGUCAUUCACCUGACAAGUCGUAAGUGGGAGCCAUGGGUCAAAUUUUCUAGGAAGUCUGACCAAAGUGUGGAACCGCAGAUGCAAAUGACAGAUCGUGGGUGCUGAUAGUCGAUUGAAUCGAAAAAGAUGAGUUCCAGUACUUGAACAACGGAGAGACAUGAUAGAUCUCACAUAGACCUACAACCGUACUAAGAAUUUUGGUCAACUACUGAAUCACAAAGGAGACUCACAGACUGUUGGCUGAUCCAUGGUCCGUCGUUAGCUACCGUCGAUCAAAACCGCUCAGACCGGAUUUUCCUAAUUUUCUUUCCUACUUGGUUUAGGAUUUAAUUUCUAUAAAUAUAAGUUGUAUUUUUCGUUUUUGGGUUGUUAGACUUUAUGGGAUAUUUUGUUUCUACUUUAAGGAUUAUUUGGUAAACAUUUUCGAUAAUUAAUUCUCAAAGCUUGGUUUAUGAUA